AUGCCUAACGGACCGUGGAAGAAACUAGCGGUGGAUUUCAUGGAAAUUCCUGGCGGUUACCAUUUGCUUGUAGCAACAGACUACUACUCCCGUCAAAACAUUAUAAAAAAUACUUCCAAGCUGAAUGCUGUGCGUUUUUAUGCCGAGAACAUGUUGAGCUUUUGGAGAAUGUAUGAUGCUGAUUUGGUUGGAAGUUCGUUAGAGGAAAUCAUUGAACAUGGAAAAGAAAUUGGUUGGACUUUUACAAAUGAAGACUGUAUGCUGGCGGAAGAGGUAACCAGGGAUCAAUCAUCGGAUCCAUUGUGGUAUAAGUUAAGGUUUGGACGUAUAACAGCUUCGUGCUUUGGAAGGUCUGUAAAAACUAGAAUUAACUCUCCAUCAAUGACAUUGAUUAAAUACAUUUGUGAAGGUAAUACUAGUCAAGAGUUUCCUGCCACAUUGUAUGGAAAACGUAAUGAGCAUAAAGUUAUUGCAGCUGCAGUAGAGCUUUUCAAAUUUCAACAACACCAAGAUUUUUGUAGUAGGAAAAGUGGACUGAUAGUUAAUCCAAUUUAUCCAUAUUUUGCCGCCUUCCCAGACCAUAUCUUCCAAUGCAGUUGUUGUGGGACAGUAGUAGUUGAAGCAAAAUGUCCAUUCAAAUUCGAAAAUUUUAAUAGAGAGGAUGGAAUUAGGUCGUUGAUUACCAGACAAAAGCCAUAUAUAAUUCGUGACAUGGAUAGAAGUAUUAAAAUGAAUCACAAACACGAAUAUUAUUUUCAAGUUCAGAUGAAAAUUCAUCUGUCUAAAGCUUCAUAUGCCUUUUUUGUUAUUUGGGCUCCUAAAUUUACUCUAUUCAUUAAAGUAAGGAAACAUGAAAUUUUCUGGAAAAUCAAUUCAGAAAAAGCAUCUAAGUUUUUUUAA